AUGGGUGCCGUUUGCACUACACCUGAACUACAAACACAAACCAACCUCAACAAACAAAUUGAACGAAAACUGAACAAGGAGCGUAAGGAUGAACUCGGCAAUCAGAAACUUUUAUUGCUCGGUUUGAUACUGCACAAGAAUGGUUUCACUGAAGCCGAAAUUGAUGACAAACGUGCGAUUAUUUAUAGUAACACUAUAACUGGUAUGAGUAAUCUGUUGAGGGCUUUACCACAACUUGGCUAUUGCUUGGAGUUGGCAGAACGUGAGAUGGACGCGAAGAGGAUAUUAUCAUUGGUUGAUUGUGGAAAAGAUUCACAACCGUUAACACCGGACAUUUAUGAUGCAUUGAAAAAUUUAUGGAAUGAUAGAUCGGUGCAAAAAGCUUUCACCAGACGUUCCGAAUAUCAAAUGGGAGACUCUGUUGCAUAUUUUAUGGAACACUUGGAUCGGAUCUACGCGCCUAAUUAUCGUCCAACUGUCCAGGAUAUUCUCCACACCCGUGUACCGACCGCUGGCGUUGUCCAGAACCGUUUAAUGGAAUCAAUGGAUUUGUUUGCUCAAAUUUGUAAUAGUAAAUGGUUUCUGAAGGCAUCAAUGAUAUUAUUUCUGAACAAAAAAGAUUUGUUCAUCGAAAAAAUUCGUAUCGUCCCAAUAAAAGUUCUCUUCGAAAGUUAUGAUGGUGAUAACUCCUAUGAGUCUUCGGUUGCAUAUGUGAAGAAACGAUUCAACCGGUUGAACGAGAAUAAACACGGUAAGAAGAUAUACAUUCAUGAAACGUGUGCGACUGAUACUAAUCAGGUGCAGUUGGUUAUUGAUUCGGUUGUCGAUACGGUGAUUGGAAAGAAUUUGAAAGGAGCUGGAAUGGAGUGA